CUAGAACAGUCGAUUGUCCUCCUGUUCCAUGUUUGAGAAUCAAAAUAAAAAUAAUGCAGAAAUUUCUUUGUUGCGAAUGUCACACGGUGAAUUGCGAGCUAACUAUGAUUGUUCGUUAAAUAUAGUGCGUACAUGUGAACAAGUAUAAAUUCAUCGUGAUUUGGAUGCAUCUGUUUCGCAAACAUAUAUAUGAGAGACGUGCGUGCAGUCUUUAGGUUAUGUACAUAAGAUGUUUUCCCCUAGAAGGAACUUUUGUUUAUUUAUCAUAGUUUUAGUUCAAACAUUAGUUGUCCUUGGACAAAUCGACAAGGAAGAGAUAACGCAGACAAUUCCUUUUAAAAGCCCGGAUAAGAAAUUGGAGUCUGAUAUAGAACCUACAGAGCCUAUAAAGUCGAAUCAAGAAACUAAAUCGGAUACAGAUCCUGUGAUAACUUCUCUGGACGCUACAGAAAUAAAAACUGAGGACUUAAACAAGACCAUUGAAGCAAAUGUAACAUUAAACAAUUCUACCUCUAAUGUGACUAAAGUGAAUUGUUUAACAGAUACAGUCUAUGGACCAGUAGAAAUUGCCAAUGCAACUAGUUUAAUGAAAUUAUUGAUCUUAGAACCUGGACCAACAAACAGAAGUAGGAAUGACAAAGAAAAUAGACCCUGGUAUCAGGUGCCAGGAACAUGUAUAAUAGUAUUAUUUUAUGCAAGAUGGUGUGUAUUUAGUAGCCAUGCUGCACCGCAUUUCAAUGCAUUGCCACGUUCCUUUCCACACAUCAAAGCAGUGGCAAUUGAUGCUAUAAAAUACCAAAUCUUCAAUGCUCAGUAUGGAAUUGUUGGUGUUCCCACCUUGAUGCUGAUUCACAAUGGGAAACCCGUUGCGAAGUUUGACGACAAUGUCUACACAUUAGAAUCUUUCUCAAGAUUUAUAACUUACCUAACUAAUCUACAACCGAAUGGUUCAUUGUACGUUACGUCAUUGGACUUUGCUGGACCAGUUUCCAGUACACCUUCGAACGAAACAGAUUACUGUUUAGUCCUCUCGUGGGUCUUCAUUGCCGCCUGCGCUCUCUAUUUCACAUUGCAAAGUAGAUGGUGGCAACAGUUUGUUGAAUUAGUUCAGAACACGUGGCGUGAAAGCAACGCGCAACACGAACAUGCUGACUAAAGUAUCAAAGAGAGACUACUUUUUGUCCCGUGUACAAAACAUUAUGUAAAAUGUGAACUUGCGGUAUUAAAAGUUUAUUAAAGUACGUGAUAAUAUUUGUGGUAAUUGUUAAUUAAGACAAUGUAAAUAUAUCAUAACAAAUACGAGGAAUAAACGUUGCUUUGAGAACAGA